GAGAAAGAGAGAGAUAUUAAGUAACAUUCAAAGGAAAGAGUGAGAGUGGGAGGAGCAGAGUGAAGGCCAGAGGCCUCAAGGGCAAGAGAGGGGUGUUUUGGAAAUCAAAAACAGGAAGAUUUUAUUUUUCUUUUCUUAUUAUUUUCCAAAAAUUCAAUUCUGAAAUUUCAAAGAUCAACCGACAUAAGAUUGUUGACAGAGAGACGGCUAGGUUCAAGUGAAGCUGGUAAAAAGAAACCAGAAUUUUGGGGUGUUUCUUUUAAUAAUUAGCUUAUAUAUAUACACAACGAAGAAGGAAAAAUGUAUGGGGAUUGCCAAGUAUUACCGAACAUGGGAGGAAAUGUGAUCUCUUCAGAAAACCAUUUUACGUCUUCCAUGGGAAACCCUAACUUCGACUUCAUGCCAAGCAUGUCCUUCAAUUCUUUCCCUUCCUUAGUCCCUAAAGAAGAAAGUGAGUUAAUGAUGCGUGGAAAGGAGGAGAUGGAGAGUAGGUCUGGAAGUGAACAACUUGAAGACAAAUCAGGGAAUGAGCAAGAGAUCAGCACCGAGCAGCCUCCAAAGCAGAAGCGUUACCAUAGGCACACUGCACGCCAGAUCCAAGAAAUGGAAGCCUUGUUUAAGGAAUGUCCACACCCAGAUGACAAACAAAGGAUGAAACUUAGCCAAGAACUCGGUUUAAAACCGCGCCAAGUUAAGUUUUGGUUCCAAAAUCGCCGUACCCAAAUGAAGGCACAGCAAGAUCGAGCAGAUAAUAUUAUACUCAGGGCAGAGAACGAGACAUUGAAGAAUGAUAAUUAUCGGCUACAAGCAGAAUUACGUAAUCUUAUCUGCCCUAGUUGUGGAGAGCCAGCUGUGAUUGGUGGGAUUUCCUUUGAGGAGCUUCGAAUUGAAAAUGCACGACUUAGAGAUGAGUUAGAACGUGUCUGUUGCAUUGCUUCACUCUAUACUGGCCGGCCGAUUCAAGUAAUGCAACCUGUUCCUACACUUGUUCCCCCUUCCUUGGACUUGGAUAUGAACAUAUAUUCAAGGCAGUUCACAGACUCCUUGGGUUCUUGCACUGAGAUGAUGCCUAUGCCUAUGUUGCCGGAAACUUCUUCCUUUGCUGAGUCUGGUCUUGUGUUGAUGGAAGAGGAAAAAACUCUUGCAAUGGAGAUUGCAAUAUCAUCCCUUAAUGAACUUGUGAAGAUGUGCCAGGCAACUGAACCUCUUUGGAUCAGAAACAAUGAGAAUGGGAAGGAGGUACUUAAUCUUGAAGAGCACGCAAAGAUGUUUCCAUGGCUUCUGAAUCUCAAGCAGCAUUCAAGUGAGUUAAGGAAUGAAGCUACACGAGACAGUGCUGUGGUUAUAAUGAAUAGCAUCAACUUGGUUGAUGCCUUCCUCGAUGCAAGUAAAUGGAUGGAGCUGUUUCCUUCGAUUGUUGCUAGUGCAAAAACUGUUCAAAUUAUAAGUCCUGGUGUUUCUGGUGCGAGUGGUUCUCUUCACUUGAUUUAUGCAGAACUGCAAUUUCUUUCCCCAUUGGUGCCAACUCGGGAGGCAUAUUUUCUACGCUAUUGCCAACAAAAUGUAGAGGAAGGAACUUGGGCAAUUGUUGAUUUUCCCAUUGAUGGCUUCCAUGAGAAUAUUCAACAACCUUCUUUUCCUCUAUACAGGAGAAGGCCUUCUGGCUGUGUCAUUCAAGAUAUGCCCAAUGGGUACUCAAGGGUUACUUGGGUAGAACACGCAGAGAUUGAGGAGAAGCCUGUGCAUCAGAUAUUUAGUCAAUUUGUGUAUAGUGGGAUGGCAUUUGGAGCUCAUCGCUGGUUAGGAGUAUUACAACGACAAUGUGAGAGGGUUGCUAGCCUCAUGGCUAGAAAUAUCUCAGACCUAGGAGUGAUACCUUCUCCGGAAGCUAGAAAGAAUUUGAUGAGAUUGGCACAGAGAAUGAUAAGAACGUUUUGCGUGAAUGUAAGCACUUGUGGUGGCCAAUCGUGGACAGCCUUGUCUGAAUCCUGCGAUGACAUUGUUCGCAUUACUACUAGGAAAAUCACAGAGCCUGGCCAGCCUAACGGGAUCAUUCUCAGCGCAGUAUCCACUACUUGGAUGCCCUUUCCUCAUUACCAAGUCUUUGAUCUCCUAAGGGAUGAACAACGAAUUUCUCAGUUGGAUGUUCUUUCUAAUGGGAAUACCUUGCAUGAAGUUGCUCACAUUGCCAAUGGCUCUCAUCCAGGAAACUGCAUUUCUCUUCUUCGCAUCAAUGUUGCAAGCAAUUCUUCCCAACACGUAGAUCUGAUGCUACAGGAGAGUUGCACAGACCAAUCUGGAAGCUUUGUUGUGUACACCACCAUCAAUGUUGAGUCAAUCCAGCUCGCUAUGGGUGGGGAGGACCCAUCUUGCAUCCCUCUUCUUCCAUUAGGGUUUGUUAUAAUUCCAAUGGAAUCCACUUGUAAAACCAACACUACUGUCAAUGAAGGCAACUCCAUCCAAUCUUCACAAGAUGGAAAUAAUAAUAAUUCUAAUUCAGGCUGUCUACUCACUGUGGGGCUCCAAGUACUUGCCAACAACAGCACCAUCCCAUCUGCAAAGCUCAAUCUCUCCAGUGUCAACGCCAUCAAUAACCACUUGCGCAACACAGUGCACCAGAUUACUUCAGCUCUUAACACCUCCGCCGCCGCCUCCUGCCCUGAGCCUAGUGCUGCACCUGAGGAAUAAAGUCUAGGGUUUGAAGUUGAAAAUUACCCAAGGUCUCCCCUUCUCUUUCUAGAUUAAUCACAAGGAUGUUUUGGUAAUUACGACAUGGACAAGUGGGUAAUUAAUGGGAGAUUAAGGGUUUACUAACGGAGAACAAAUUAGUAGUAAAUGUAGUAAAGAAAGAAGUGUAUCAUUAAUGGAAUGCAGAAUAGAGGGAGUCAAGAGCGCACCAAGAUGUGACCCUUGCUUUGUGGUGAGGCCUUGAUGAGGCCACACCAGUCAGCAAGGGUGGUGGUUCGGGUAUUGACUUCUGCUUGUUGUCUUA